AUGACGGAGCAAGGAAAUACCCAUCGUGCGGAAGCGCGCAGUCGCAGUAGCAAAGUGUUAGGGUUUUGGAUCUCAAUAAGAAAAUCAAUUCUUGAGGCGUUUAAUGGCAUAUUAUCCAAUGAAGUACGUACAUCUAAUGCAUUUGUUGUUCACCUUAAGUUCAAGAAGUUUAUUUCAAGGUUUGAAAGCGAGAAGUUGAUGGCAAUCGACUCUCAGAGCAAGAACAUGCACAGCAGCGCUGGCAUUUACAGUGUUCGUUUCCUUCGUCGUAUGCAAAUGGCUGCCGUCACAACAGUAUAA